AUGGCACGUGAACGCACCUUUCUCAUGGUGAAGCCGGACGGUGUCCAGCGCGGCCUCGUCGGCGAGAUAAUCUCCCGCUUCGAGCGCAGGGGCUUCAAGCUGGUCGCCAUGAAGUUCUUUGUGCCUUCGAAGAACCUUGUCGAGGAGCACUACAAGGAGCACGCCGCCAGGCCUUUCUUCGCCGGGCUCUGCAAGUUCUUGUCCAGCGGCCCCGUCUGCGCCAUGGUCUGGGAGGGCGCCAAUGUGGUGAGCAUAUCCCGCACCAUGAUGGGGGUCACGAAGCCGGCCGAGUCUGCUCCCGGCACGAUACGCGGGGACUUCGGCAUUGACGUCGGGAGGAACAUCAUUCACGGCUCUGCCAAUCUCGAUGAUGCGGCGCGUGAGAUAGCUCUCUGGUUCAAGCCAGAGGAGGUGGCCUCGUGGAGCUGCUCUCUCGAGAGCCACAUCUAUGAGUGA